UCAAUCUAUAUCCCUUAAUAUCCCACUUAAUCCACAAAAUCCCUCUUAAUCUCCCAAAUACCUCGAUAACCACCAUAAUACUCCGAAGCUAUUGUAUCUCCCUUAAUUUUACGAUAUAUUGAACUCCCCGUUAUCUCCCAUGUCCAGAUCUACCAAAUCCGGCCAAUUUGCCGAUUUACUCAUUAAUCUCAAAAUUUUCGAUAUCUCUUAUAAUCCCCAACACGAAAAAAUGAAAAUUUUUGGCUACGGUAGGUUUGGUAGAGGUAAGAAUUACAAAUUUGUUUACUGACGGAUUGUCCACUGACGGAUUGUCCGACCACUGACGCAUUGUCCACUGACGGAUUUUCCACUGCCGGAUUGUCCACUGACGGAUUGUCCGGUCACGAUUUCAGGUAACAGUAAAGAAAUACCCACUCAAAAAACGAUUUUACAUUUUUAUGAAUAUUUUUAGCACUUUUUGGUUUUGGUCAGGCCCAAUCGUUUUAAUUAUUGCCAAUUUUAUUUUGGAUAAUUGGGUAAGAGAGGAAGUUGUUCAAGGUGUAGAUUCUGCAAUUAUAACUGCUGGGUUUAUUUUCUUUUUAAUAUUAACAUGCCCCUUCUGCAAAGCAAAACACUUUCCAUACCAUAUACGAACAAAUCAAAUAGCCAAUCAGCAAAACAAUUUUCCAAAUAAUGUGUAUGAAAUAGGUGCAAUACAGAACGGCACAACAAACAACUGUGCCUGAAAUUACUAUACAAAUAUAAUCGACUAGAAAAUUAAAAUCCGGUUAAUGAUGAUGAAGCGUUUGUCUAAUAUAGUCUUUAAAUUUUUUUGUGUACAUAAUUUUAGAUUUUAUAUCUAUUUUGGAAGUCAUUCUAAGAAACUAAUGAAAGAACUUAUAAAUAGUCAAAGUUUAUCAUAUAU